AUGCUGGCCAUGUCGCUGCUGGGGCCCUUGCAGUGGUGCUCGGCGGCGACCUGGCUGCUGGCCUCGGGGCAGACGCUGCAGGCGGGCACGCUCGUGACGCUGGCCGUCACCAGACUGCUGCGGCUCCGCCGGGUGACGGCGGUCACGCGCACCCACGUCAUCUACCACCUCAUCUCGCUGACGCUGCUGUCGGCGUGCGUGGGCAUCACGGCGGUGCUGGCGCGCGAGGAGGACGUCGCCGCCGACGUGACCUGCGCGUUCCUGCCGCACGAGCUGGACCCGCGCUACGCCGUGCUGUCGCUGGCCCUGCACUCCGCCUUCAUGCUGGCCGCCGUGCUGGUGGCCGGCGUCUGCUGCUGCCUCAAGGCGCCGCAGCACGACAAGCACGCCUUCGACAACUCCACCGUGGCGCGCCGCAUGUGCCUGCAGGGGCUGCCGCUGCCCGGCCGCCACCGCCGCCGCCAGCACAAGAACCAGGCCCUGUUCACGUCGUCGUCCGACCUGUCCUCCGCGCUGUCCGACUUCUCCUCGGUGUCCGCCUCCGCCAUGGGCACGCUGGGCAACGGGCCGCAGGGCAGCAAGACGUUCUGGAACUACGCCGUGCCGAGCCGCUCCAACCCCAGCACCCUCGGCAAGGACGACCCGCCCUCCAUCACGUUCCUCAACGGCCUGCCGCCCGGCUACCCGUCGGACACCCUGGAGAAGGCCCUCGGCCCCCUCAACCUCAACAACGUGGGGCCCUACAGCGCCGAGUCCACGCUGGGCCGGCCCGGGCCGCUGGGUAGUGGCCUCGGCAGCCCGCUCAGCGCCCUGCGCGCGCUGGACAACUCCAUGGAGCACAGGUACCGGGAGCUGUGCGGCGGCGACUACAGCGACUCGACCCUCAACAGGGACUUCGGCCUGCGCGCCAACAACUGGACGUCGGACAACUCGUACAUGUCCACCACCACGUCGCCGACGUCCACCAACAGCCGGGCGCCCUGCCUGAGCCGCCAGCCGCUGCGCCCGCUGGAUCUGAAGAACUGA